UGGUAGUACAAAUUUUGACCGGAGAUUGACAAUGAAAAUGAGGCUUCAAACAAGAGAUAGAUUUUUUUCCAAAAUUUUCGCUUGUUUUGGCGUUAAAAAAUUAUGUUCAAAUAAUUUUUUCUUUAUGCCUGUAGUCUAUCUAGAGUAGAUUUUUAUAUCCUUUAAAAAGCUGGAUGAAUAAUAUCGGUUUACUACGUUUUCUGCAAUUCCUUAUGCCAAUUUGAAAAUGCGGUUUAAAGUUUGUGGUUAAAUGUAUUUAUUUAAAUGCCUAAAAUAUAACCAAAAAAUAUUUUGAAAAAUAAUAAUAUAAAAUUGAUGAAAUACUUUCUUGACAAUAUUAUGCAAUAAUUUCCAAUACUUUCCAAUCUUACGAGUCUGAUAGAAACAAUAAAAUGAAAUAAAUUUAAAGAAAAAAGUCAAACGUGAAUAAUAAAAAUUAAAGAAAUUUAUCUUUUUUCUAAAUUUUCAACGAAUUUCUUUGAGAAACGAAAAAUUUCGAAAGUUUAUAAGAAGUGAAAGUCUCAAGAUUACCUCGAAACCUCUACAAAACUGAUUUAACGCGCAGUAAUAUAAUAUAAUUCCAAAUAAACAUGGCCGACGCAGUGCCAACUUCAACGAAAGACAAUGGACUAUGGCGUGAUCUCGUCGCCUAUUGGUUAUUAGGUUUAUGCAAUAACUACGGUUAUGUUGUGAUGCUGACCGCGGCACAUGAUAUUAUUUCAGCUUUUGAAAGUGAGACUCAAGCAAGUAAAGUACUGGAGUUAGCAGCGAACAGCACACAACGGCGUUGCAAUAAGAUGUCCACCAGCGCAGUACUACUGGCUGACAUAAUACCAUCAUUUUUGGUGAAGUUUCUGGCACCAUUUAUGCCCUUCAGGGUCGAUGCGCGCAUGGGUCUUGCUGUCUGCUUAACGGUAUUCAGUUUCAUAACAGUCGCUCUAGCAAAAGUCGAAUGGUUGGCUUUUCUCGGUAUAAUAUUCACCUCGGCCAGUUGUGGUAUUGGCGAGAGCACGCUACUGGCCUACUCAUCCAGUUUUAAUAAAGAUGUGGUUUCGACUUGGUCAUCUGGAACUGGUGGCGCAGGCAUAAUCGGCGCUCUAUCUUAUACGGUGCUCAUUGAUUUGAAAUUGACACCACAACAAGCUAUGCUAGUAUUUCUGUAUGUGCCCACUUUGGAGGCUUUGACGUUUUGGUUAUUACUGCGACAUCCAAAAGAGGCGAUUGUGCGCACCGAGUCAGCGGAAAUGGUGCCACAAGAUGUGCUUACAGUAAAGGAGAAGAUGAUAUACUUCUUCAAGAACUUGCUGCCAUUCUUUCUGCCACUCUCUUUGGUCUAUUUUGCUGAGUACUUCAUCAAUAUGGGUUUGUACGAGUUAGUGUAUUUCGAGAAUAUGUUCAUCUCACCACCAACUCAAUAUCGCUGGAUUAGCACCGUUUAUCAAAUCGGCGUAUUUAUUUCACGCUCUUCCGUCAAUAUAAUACACUUCACCCUCAUCUGGCCAAUGGCGAUUUUACAAUGCAUCAAUGCCGUGAUCUUCACAUUGGAAGCGAUUAUCUUUUUUACACCCAGCUUUUGGUUGAUAAUUUUGUUUGUACUGUGGGAGGGUUUGCUUGGCGGUGGCGCUUAUGUGAAUACCUUCUAUCACAUGUCUAAAGUGGUACCACCCGAACGGCGUCAAUAUGCCAUCGGCAUGGUGGCUCAAGCAGACUCGUAUGGCAUUAUAGCCGCUGGUAUGCUCGCUAUUCCCGUGCAUAAUCUAAUUUGUGAUAUUGAUGUGCGUGAAAGACAUAGCUGGUAAUGGUCAAUUCUCCAAAUAUAUACUAUUAUAGAA